AUGAAAGGCGAUGACGUUUUAACCGUUGUGGGGACAGGUGGUGGUAAGUCUUUGACUUAUCUCUUGCCUGCUGUUAUAUCCGAAAAGACAACGUUUGUUAUUGCUCCUACAAAGUCACUUAUAGAUGACAUAAUUGAUUCAUGUGGACGUUUGAAGAUUUCCUCGUGUAAAUUUACUGGGGACAUCCCGAAGGAAGUACAAGAGAGUCAGCUGCUUAACUUACCAAAAUUUAAAGUUGUUGUGGUUACUCCUGAAAUGCUGGAAGAGGGUGAACUUAUUAAUGCGUUAUAUCAGUUGAUUGAGAAAGAGAAGCUUGAAAGAAUUGUGUUUGAUGAGGCACAUACUAUUGUCAGUUGGGGAAAUACAUUUCGCCCUGUUUAUAAACAAGUGUGUGAGAAGCUGGCUAAUAUCAUAGUUCCCAAGUUAUUACUGAGUGCAACAGUAACUGGUAAGCUAGAGGCUGAACUGAAAACGAUUUUCAGUGCUUUAACUGUUCUGAGAACAUCAGUUUUUCGGGAAAACCUUUUCUUAGAAGUGAAAGAACGAACAAACAAGUUUUACGAUGAAGUGAAGGAUUUUAUUUUGGAACAUAAAAAUGAAAGUGGGAUUAUAUAUUGUGUUUUGCCAAAAGAUGUUGCAACAGUUCAUGCGGAACUUUUGAAAAGGGGAGUGGAAUCUGUUAAAUAUCAUGGGCAGUUAUCUGAAGAUGUUCGAGUGAGUAACCAUACCAAAUGGUUCAACGAUGAGUGUCAUGUUAUUGUUGCAAAUUCGUCAUUUGGAAUGGGGAUUGACAAAAAAGAUGUCCGAUACAUUAUCCAUGCACGCAUGCCAACAAGCUUAGAGGAGUAUUAUCAACAAUGCGGACGUGCUGGUCGAGAUAAAUUGCCCUCGAAGUGUAUUUUAUUCUAUAGUUAUGGUGACAAAAAUGCCCUUGUCAAGCUUUUUCAAAGAGAAGCAGACCCAAGGAAGACCCAGUGCAAUGUCGUCACAGAAGUCUUAUGA